AUGGCUACCAUGGACACUCGAGGAAUUGAGGAGGCUUGCGCGGUCAUGAAAUUGACGGAGGAGGAAAUUGGCGGCUUGGAGGCUCCGGAAGAACAGGUCAUCCCGCCGGAGAUCGUCCACCACGAGCUGGUAGGGCGUUUUUUGACUGAUCGACCGAUCAAACAUGAGCACAUGCAGCAGGUGUUGGCCUCGGUUUGGAGACCAGUCAUGGGCAUGCGCAUCCUUCCGAUUGAGGAGAAUCUGUUUCUGUUCCAAUUCCCGCACCUAAAGGACAUGCAACGAGUUAUUGAUGAUGGACCCUGGACCUUUGAAAAUCAUACUCUGGCUUUAGACAAAGUUCCGAUCGGCGCGAACCCAGCGGAUAUCACCCUUGAGUUUGUCGACUUCUGGAUCCAGGUACACGAUCUGCCAAUAGUCUUCGCUUCCGCAGAUUUCAUCCCCCGUAUCGGGAAUCAUAUUGGCACGUUUAAGGCAACAGAUCCGCAUAACUUUGGCGGCACAUGGAGAAGUUUCUUUCGCAUUCGUGUCCAAGUCGAUAUUCGGCAACCUUUGAAAAGGAGGAUGCGACUGUUCCGCAGGGAUGGAUCGGCGCAUUGGGUGAAUUUCAAAUACGAGCGCUUGGGCACGUUUGGUUUCUGCUGCGGGGUGUUAGGGCACUCCGAAAAGUUCUGCAAGAAAGCCUAUGACGAAGGCUUGGAACCGGACAUAUAUCCCUAUGGGGCGUGGAUGCGGGUAGGAGCUCGCCGUCAGGUGCGGCCGAUCGGUGCGAAAUGGCUGUUACAGGACCUCCCAAGCGCUGCGUCUCCUGCGCCAACACAAAAUUCGGGAUCGACGAUUCAAGAGGUGGAGGCAGUAGAGCCAUCUACUGGUUUGCAUGGGGACUUGAAGCGUCGCAGGGAAGGCAAUGCAGAGGAGGAUGUUAUCAUGGUUGAUCAUUCAAAAAAUGCGGGAUCGGCGAUUCUGGCAGCCCAGGCUCGCCCUUUGCAAUGA